CUCGGCUCCCCGGAGGGGGCGGCGGCCUUGCCUGCGGCUGAGGUAGCUGCAGUGUGGGUCCCAGCGAGUGUCUCUCCGCAGCUGCUCCUCGUGGCUUGGGGGACGCCGAGGGUGGGGAUCUCCGGCCUCUCUCCGCCAGUGCUGGGCUUCUUAGCACCUUCCUCAGCCAGACCCCUCGGUGGGACUCGGGCCUCGCGACCGCCGCGAUUGGAGCCGCUGCGGAGUCCAGCCCCGCGUGGGGCCGGCUGUAACAGCGCCUCGGGCCGGACGAUGCCUAAGAAGCUGCUGCUGCUCCCGCCGCUGUCCGCGUCCUCCGCCUUCCGCGCGCCGAGAGCCCGCCCAGUAGUCCCGCCAGCCAUGAACGCCGCCCGUACUGGCUACCGGGUCUUCUCGGCCAACUCCACGGCCGCCUGCACGGAGCUGGCCAAGCGCAUCACCGAGCGUCUUGGUGCUGAAUUGGGGAAGUCUGUUGUAUACCAAGAGACCAAUGGAGAAACAAGAGUUGAAAUAAAAGAAUCUGUUCGUGGCCAAGAUAUUUUCAUUAUACAGACAAUACCCAGGGAUGUGAAUACAGCCGUGAUGGAGUUGCUGAUCAUGGCCUAUGCGCUGAAGACUUCCUGUGCCAGGAAUAUUAUUGGAGUCAUUCCUUAUUUCCCCUACAGCAAGCAGAGCAAGAUGAGGAAGAGGGGCUCCAUUGUGUGCAAGCUCCUCGCGUCCAUGCUGGCGAAAGCAGGUCUAACUCACAUUAUCACUAUGGAUCUUCACCAAAAGGAGAUACAAGGCUUUUUCAGCUUUCCCGUGGACAACCUCAGAGCCUCACCUUUCCUGCUUCAGUAUAUCCAGGAAGAAAUUCCAAAUUACAGAAAUGCAGUCAUUGUAGCUAAGUCUCCUGAUGCUGCAAAAAGGGCCCAGUCCUAUGCUGAGAGGCUGCGUCUGGGCUUGGCUGUCAUCCACGGGGAAGCUCAGUGCACAGAGCUGGACAUGGAUGAUGGUCGCCACUCUCCCCCUAUGGUCAAAAACGCCACUGUGCACCCGGGCCUGGAGUUGCCAUUGAUGAUGGCCAAAGAGAAGCCACCAAUAACCGUCGUUGGAGAUGUUGGAGGCCGCAUUGCAAUCAUAGUGGAUGACAUUAUUGAUGAUGUGGAGAGUUUUGUUGCUGCUGCAGAGAUCCUGAAAGAGAGAGGUGCUUAUAAGAUCUAUGUCAUGGCCACCCAUGGCAUCCUGUCUGCAGAUGCCCCCCGCCUGAUUGAGGAGUCCUCUGUUGAUGAGGUGGUGGUGACGAAUACUGUGCCUCAUGAGGUGCAGAAGCUGCAGUGUCCCAAGAUCAAGACUGUGGAUAUAAGUUUGAUUCUUUCUGAAGCUAUUCGAAGAAUUCACAACGGAGAAUCCAUGGCUUACCUUUUCCGAAACAUCACUGUGGAUGACUAGCUUUCACUGGCUUUGACUCUGGAAUGCCUAAGGAAAACAUGUAAAAAGCAGUGCCAUCAGUUACAUACACCGUGUGUCCUUGCAAGGGAGGACUGGAAGUCAUUGGAGUUAGUCUCUGUCACCAAGAUUGGUGGGUAGGAGGCAUUAAGAUAGUCAAGAAGAAGACCGAGCUAACGGAUCAAUAAAAUGGCCUUAAAUGGCUGCCAUCAUCAGCCUUGUUCCUUAAACAAAAGUUAUAGAUGCUUUCCUGGAAAGAAUCUGAAAAUCUUGUUGAUUUGAAAGAGCAGUUAAAAGCAGAUAGUCUUAGCUCUGUAAUGACCAUCAUUGUUUCAACUGCAGGGAAGUUCAAGUGUUGAUAUCGAACCUGGUUAGGGAAGCUGAGUGCCUGUCCUGUUCCUGUCCUGUCAUCCUCUCUGUAGUCAACUUUAAGUCUUUGAUAGAGAAUCCUAUUUUUCUUUCAGAAACCGCUGUGCCUACAGCCAUUAAACAAUGAAGCAUUUAUGUUGUUACUCCUCCCAAGGACAUCAGAUUAGGAAAUAGUGUCCCAUCUCUGGGUAUCUGUAUGGCUCUAAAGUUGCAAAUAAAAGAAUUUAUUGUCU